AACAUUCAUGAAGUUGUUUAGAUAAACGUUAAGAUCAUCAACGAGCUGCAGAAUUGUGCACCAUUCUUAGGUGCAUCUGAGGGUAAGCUCGGUUGUAACUUUCGAUUUGCAAAACUGGGGUGAAGUUUACAACCAAAAUUCACUAGUGAGACAGGAAACUGGAUUGAAUGAAAACCACUGCAAAGAAGAUAAAUUGAUCUACAAACUCGUUGCCAAAUCUUCAAUACAAUGCCUAUUGAUGAUAAGGAGGACAACGCUAAGCUUGGAAGUGAAGAUGAGAGUAAGGAUGCUCCUGGGGCCAGUAGCUCAGCUGAGGGAGAACAUCCUUUAGACUCCUCUGGAGAAGGAGAUAUGAUCAGAAAGAAACCCAGAGUGAAUAGCCCACGAGGAAACAGCCCAAUCGCCUCUCCACACAAGCAUGCAACAUUUGAAGAGUUGCUGAGAGCAUCGGGACUCGUAACCAACAUGGCUCUUGCUCAUGAGAUUGUAGUGGAUGGUAACUUUAAGCUCAAACCAAAAGACCUGCCUGAGAACUCCAUUGAGAAACAGUGUCGUGAUAUAGUGCACAAGGCAUUCUGGGAUACCCUGAGACAGCAACUUGAGGAUGACCCGCCGACUUACGACCAUUCCAUUACACUACUGGGGGAGGUCAAAGAGCUCCUUGUCUCCAUCCUCCUGCCUCAUCACGACCGCCUCCGAACUCAGAUAGAAGAGGGCAUCGACUUGCCCCUCAUCCAGCAGCAAGCUGAGCAUGGCAUCUUAGAUGUGCAUCACUACGGAAACUUCAUUAUCAAUACCAUGGCAAAUCUGUGUGCUCCGGUCAGGGAUGAGGAGAUUGCAAAGCUCAAGGAAAUAUCAGAUGUCGUUCCACUCUUUAGAGAAAUCUUCCGGGUUCUUGAGUUGAUGAAACUGGACAUGGCGAACUUCACGCUUCAGAGUCUGAGGCCGCAUCUGAAGCAGCAGUCUGUAGAUUAUGAGAGGGGUAAAUUCCAAGAGUUCCUCAAGACACAACCAGAUGGCCUGGAACUGACCAGGAAAUGGCUGGAAGAGGCUGCAGAUGACCUGAGGUCACAAGACUCCCAACCGUCAGCAGAGGGCGCUGUUUCAUCAGAGUCUGCGCUCACCCCUGUGAGGAUAUUGAACCAUGCUUAUAUGGCGCUGUUGGAUUGGGAAGAUACAAAACUGUUCCCUGAGACCAUUAUCAUGGACCAAUCAAGGCUGCAGGACAUGGAUGAGAAACUUCGGAAGUCCAUACUAAUAGCAACUGUUCUGCUGGUGACAUACACUAACAUGGGUCCGAUCAUCACAAGUAUCCAGGGCUUCCCUAGCACACUCAAGCACCACAUCGUCGCCAUCUCAGAUGGAGUGGGAGAUCUGCGCACUAUCAUGCCAAACAUUGCCGAGCAGGUUUGCACUGAUGUGAAUGAGUGUCUGAAGGAGCGAGGAAUAGCCGAGAUGGAUGGAUUGAAGGCCGAUGCAUUGAAAAGUCAAGUCAUUGCAGCAGGCGACAGAGAACACAGUGUCCAUAAAUUACUAGAUUCUAGAGGGCGCUCUUUCAUCAAGAUGCUCAUCUCUGUUCCAGUGAACUUUGACCCGACAACACGCAUCCCGCCUGGUCUUAGUACUAUUCAGCCUCAGCUGAUGGAGGUUGCAGGUCAAUUUGUGCGGGUCAUAGGUCAUAACCGGACUGUGUAUGGACCAAUCUAUUCCGAGAUUUUAGGAAAAAUGUUGAAUAUUAAAUAAAUAUUUGCAAAUAGUUUUUGUUAAAGUAUUUUUAAAAGAAAUAUUUAUUGAAGUGAAAACCCCUAAUAUCAUGGCUUGCCAUUUGCCAAAUUGUAUGAAAUGUUCUAACUCCUAGUAAGUUUCUUGAAUGAUAUUGGCCAACCCAAAACAGACUGGACAAUGGCCUUAAAACCAACAUGAUGGUAUGGAGUGUUCAUAAAUAUAUUAAUUGUGACGCACUUUACCUCUUUGUGUAAAGAUUCGUGCUCAUUUUAUUUGGAGGUGUCAGUUCAGAUCUUAAAUAAUUUGUAAUGAAAACUGAAACUCUUGAAAAAUUUACUUUAGACAUGUUGUGGCUGGUUUUAAUAUUUCCUUGGGCAAGACACUUAACUAGGUGAAGAGUGUCAGGGCCUUGUGGUCAAUAGCAUCGAAUUCAAGUUCUGGUGGGUUAAGUCACCAGAGGGUGGGUUUGAAUCCCGGUCAUGACACUUGUGUC